CCAGACCCGAUCGGGAAGGUUUCGCGCUCGCAAAAACGUACUGCCAAGCUCUCCCUAAACAUCUAUGAUCCCAUGAUUCAUUAAGCAAAGAAUAAUUACCAGAUAGUAAAGCCACAAACCCUACUCGUAACCAACUCCAACCAACGAAUUCGCAACCAUGGACCCCUCAACAGGAUGCAAUGAGUGCAUCAAGGGCACGAUCCAUGCGGGCCUACCCCUCGGCACUGAAGAAACCAUUCACGGCCUGAACACAUAUGUCAUUGGAAACCGCACCAAUCCCCGGGGCAUUAUUGUCAUUUACAGUGACAUUUUCGGGCUGCUUCUGCCCAACAACAAACUGAUCGCCGACGCCUACGCCAAGAGCGGCGAAUGGCUCGUGUACCUGCCUGACUUCUUCAACGGCGACCCCGCUCCGCUCAAGUUUGCUGACGUCGCCAUCCCCGUCGACGCCUCCAAGCAAUCCGCUCUUGCCAAGUACUCGGGGCUCCUGGCCCGCGCCCCGUCCAUCAUCAUGUGGAUGUCGCGUCACAAAGAAGCCCCUACCAACAAAGUCUGCAUGGACUGGCUGGAGGCGCUGCGCCGCGCCACACCGCCCACCAGGAAGAUAGGCAUCGCCGGCUUCUGCUGGGGCGGAAAAUAUGCCCUCCGCGUCACCCGGGAAGCCAACAUGGUCGACUUGGACGGAAAAAGGGUACCGUUGGUUGAUGCUGCCGUGGCCCUGCACCCGAGCAACCUGGUGCUUCCGGGCGACGCCGAGAACCCCGUUGUGCCCAUCAGCUGUGGCUGGGGACUCGAGGACAUCGGCGUCAAAAUUGAGACCAAGGCCAAGAUAGAGGCGAUCCACGCCAAAGCGAAGGAAGCCGGCGCGACACUGCCCGAGAUAGAGCACAGGGUCUACAAGCCCGGACGCCAUGGCUUUGCCGUGCGCGGAAACCCAGACGACCCAGCCGAGAGAAAGUGCUUGGAAGACUCUGAGAAACAGGCCCUGGAAUGGUUUGCGCGAUGGCUUUAGUCGUCGCUUGACGUGCAAUCUCAUGCUAGCAUUCUUCUCUACAGGCUCGCAGUGCAUAGUUACAAUGCCUUCUAGCCACCAAAUGUAUUUGCCCGCCUGCCUAUCUGCUCGUAAUUACUCCGCCCGGCUGCGAUUCUACUUUUUUUUUUCAAUAUAUUAGACUAUCGCAGACUUCUCGUCCCUGUGACGAUAGCUGUUGCUACUUUUGCAUGAUUGGUUCUCCUCCUCAUGUGUUUGUUCUUUCUAGCUACUACUUGUGCGACCAGUCCCUGUCUCUCGAGAAACUGAAUAUAUACUUUAGAUAAUUGCGAAACAAAAUGCUUGGUUUAUCCA